AUGACAAUCAAUCGUGUACGUCUUCUAUCAGACCAGCCACCAUCAAGCCGUGAUAGAGAUGAUUCAUUUGCUUUAGGGCUGUAUCGUGGCAAGGUCAAAACACAACAGCUAUUCCCUUACCCUGAUGCAUUAGAUGAUGAAUCCAAAGAUACAGUCAAACUAAUGAUUGAUCCCUUUGAGAAAUAUUUUCGUGAAAUUCACGACCCUUCACAAUGUGAUCUAGAUGAAAAACUACCUGAUAAAUCGCUGCAAGCACUCAAAGAACUUGGUGGUUUCGGUAUACAGGCACCUCAAGAAUAUGGGGGGAUGCAAUUAAAGAAUACACAAUAUGCACGAUUAGCUGAAAUUGUAGGAUCCUUUGAUUUAUCCAUUGCCGUAUUUAUGGCCGGCCAUCAAGCCAUCGGUUAUAAAGGGAUCGUACUCUUCGGUAACGAGCAACAAAAACAAAAGUAUUUACCAAGUUUAACGACUGGCGAGAAAAUUGCUGCAUUUUGUUUAACCGAACCUUCAGCUGGAUCGGAUGCCAAUUCUAUUCGUAGCACGGCUGUUCUUGAUGAGGAUGGCAAGCAUUAUAUAUUAAAUGGGAACAAAAUAUGGAUUAGCAAUGGUGGUAUAGCCGACGUGAUGACUGUAUUCGCUCAGGUUCCUUUCAAGAAGGACGAUUCCGAUAAACAAUCUCAAGCUGUAACAGCUUUUAUAGUCGAGAGAGAUUUCGGCGGUGUUACUAGCGGUCUUCCCGAGAAAAAGAUGGGAAUAAGAUCAUCCAAUACGGCUGCAGUCUAUUUCGAUAAUGUAAAAAUACCAGUAGAGAACGUGAUAGGUAAAGUCGGUGAAGGUUUUAAAGUAGCUAUGAAUAUACUCAAUGAAGGUCGAUUUGCUAUGGGAGCCGCCAUGUCUGGUGUAAUUCGAAUGCUAGUGACUAAAACUAUUGAACAUGCUAAAAAUCGGGUUCAA